AGGACGAGAGAGAGAUAUAGAGAGAGCGAGAAAGUCGAGGUAUCGUUUGGCCACAAGCCGGAACUCUAAAUCGUGACGGAAUCUACCAACGGGUAGGGGAAAUGUUCGUUUCAAAUGCAAUGAGGAAGGAACCUGGAGAUGUGAAUCACGAGGCUCGAUCCAGGAUCAUUCAAUGACGCGACGGAUUUGUAGAAAAUUGCUUGACUGAUCAGGGUUGCUUGAUCGGUUGGAUCAACCAGUGCGAGUCGUGCGAUGAGCGAGGGCCCGUGUUGUCGUGGUAAAAAAAAAAAAAAAAUAAGAAGAAGAAGAAGAAAAAGGUUAUAUCGAAAGAAGGUUGGAAAAAAAGCCGGGGAAAAAGGCGCGAUGGUGGCGUCGAAUACGAUGUACAAAGAGAGGCAACCGGGCAAGCAAGUAGCGAGAAGCCUAAAAAAAGGAAGACGGAGACAAUUGAUCGAUAAACGUCGCGACGUGUCGGGCUCGGGCAAUCCGGUGCUGUGUCACAACGGAAGCUCUGCCAGGAACGUUUGUUCGCGUGUAGUCGGUCAAGUGAGGUCCGUCUUUUUGUUUUGCUCGCGAGUCGGGCUGGGAUGGUUGAGGCGACGCCGCGUGUUUUCCGCCGCUGGGGAGCGACUUCAGCCAGAGGGUCGGGAGGGUAGGGUGAGUUGCAGAGAAGAGAUGGAUAAAGAAAAAAAAAACCCCCCAAAUGAAGAGCUCAGAGACGAGAAGGCUUUCCCAGAGGGCAAGCUUCGAGUUGCUCCGUGUGCGCUCGGUUUCCUGUCAACGGGUGCGGCGCCCAGCAAGUGGGAAGAGGGAGUCCAGAAGUACAAGGUCUAAAAAAUGUCGAGAAAGAGAAGCGAGGGUAAGAGCGACGAGGAUUAAGGUCCGUCCCUGGGAGCAAAAUGAAGAUCCCACGGAUGACCCAAAUGGGAGACGUAUCUCGG